ACUGACGUUCACACUUCCAUGAGCUGACUGAAAGCAGUUGUCGGGCGGUUCUGGAAGGCAUUGCUUGACCUCACUGAAAUGAAAUAGCUGCCGAUUUUUCUUUGCGCUGCUCUGUUUUGAGACAUUUUACGAUACUUUUACGGUAUUUUCGAAUAAUCAUGGGUAAUUUGGCAACAACUGCACAAGUAGCUGCUGCUGAGAUUGUACCUAUCAAACAAGACAAUGACAAAAAGCCACACCCACCUAUGGUUGGAGAGCCUCCUCCGGAAUGUCCUAUGCAUCAGAAGAAAGCAAAACCAGUGGCCUCAGAAUGCCCAAUUAAUGCUGGUGGUGAUGACAUCAACCCCUUAAAUAUGAUGCCUGCACCAAACCAACAGCCAGCACCUGAUCAACCAUUUCCAUUACCCAAAGAUCGUCAAGUUUCCACUAUUCCCAAAGCGGGAAAAGAUGGAGAAUUCUGGGUGUAUCCCUCACAGCAAAUGUUUUGGAACGCAAUGCUAAGAAAAGGCUGGAGGUGGAAGGAUGAAGACAUUAAACCAAAAGAUAUGGCAGAUAUUAUUAAAAUUCACAACGCUAACAAUGAACAAGCAUGGCAGGAAGUGUUAAAGUGGGAAGCUCUUCAUGCGAAUGAAUGCACCUCACCUCGCCUAAAGAGCUUUGGUGGGAAAGCUCAAGAUUAUUCUCCACGUGCUCGAAUCAGAAGUUGGAUGGGGUAUGAAUUGCCAUUUGACCGUCAUGAUUGGAUUGUUGAUCGUUGCGGCAAAGAUGUUCGAUAUGUCAUUGAUUAUUAUGAUGGUGGUGCUGUAGAUCCUGCUUACAAAUUUGCAUUGUUAGAUGUCCGUCCAGCAAUGGAUUCCUUUGAAAAUGUUUGGGACCGAAUGAAAGUGGCAUACAUGCGCUGGAAGUAUGCCAGUGAAAUCAGUGCUGCCCAGGAAGCUAAGUCAUCAUCUGCUCAAUAAACUGCUUACAGUCAGGUUUUCAGUUACAUCUCUAUGUUAACUUGUCUCACACUGAUGCAUCCCUCCGUCAGGGUAGAACUAGUGCUAGUGUCCAAACAGACUAGGGUCACACUUGGUUUCAUGGCUGGCUUAUGUUGGUCAGGGAUUAACUAGGCUAGUCUCACUUUAUUUGCAGAUUGUUCAGCUGAAAAGAAAAGCUCUAGUAGAACCAGGGGCGGUUUAAAGCGCAACUGGCGGGUGGGGCAAUGUUUUAUCAGGUUGCCUCAUCUUAGACCGACGGGGGAUUGGGCCUCUCCUUUGCCACCCUCACUCCCCCCCUCCAUCGCUACUAAGUAGAACUCUGAUUCUUUCUAAUUUUAUUGAAACUUUAUAGCUUAAGCAUAUAGAAUAUCAACAGUCAGUCAUAUAUUUAGUCUAGUUUGUGCCCCAAAACACACGUUAAUUUUAGCAGAUGACCCAAAAUAUUAUUGUUUGAUGGGCUGGACUUAAUAAUCCCUUAGGAAAAAUAAAUCUAGGAUUUAGUAAGAACGAGAUAUAUUGAGAUUUGUGUCACAAAUGACAAGCUUAGAAUGGUUGAUACAUUUGUUCAAUGCGAGACUUUUCUAUAUUGAUCUUAAUGACGUGUUAGAUACUGCAGUUCAGCGGAUUACUGUGUCUUCUUCCCAAGGAGACAGUUAUUAUGUAAAUAGCUCCUGAGCUGUUUUAAUCUUGUUCAGUAGACCUAGUUUUGCAAGUGCUUUGAUUGCACUUAUGUGCUUUGAUUGAAAUUCUCAUUUAUUCAGUAUUAAAAUAACUAUCUUAGUCAGAUAUUGAGGGUAGGAUUUAAAAAGUAUAUUCUGAACUACCUUUUUAAAAAGAAAAAGAAAAAACAAUCUAUUGUAAUUUUCCAAUGAACCUCCGACAUGAAUCACAAAUGUGGCUGUUGCUUGUUCUUGUGUCACUGACUGACUGGACACAGCUUUGUGUUAUUAUUUUGUGUUUACUUAUUGUAAACUACUCCUUAAGGAUUAAAUAUUCUAAAAUGACACAAUCAA